AUGGCUGACCCGCUUACUGCGCUCGGCCUCGCUUCCCAUGCCGUCCAGUUCAUCGACUCCACCAACGCCCUAAUUGGCAAGCCUGCUGAAUCCUACCGCACAGUCGAAGACGAUACGCUGAUCCGACACCCCGUGCUGGAAUCCAUCACGAGAAGCCUUGUCCGCCUCAACGAUGGAAUCAAGUUCACCGUCACUCGCUAUCGCGAACCGGAGGAGGUGGAGAGUAGACACCAGCGCGUGAAGCAGCGAUUGAAGCAUUCAAAGCCCACGGAGAAGCCGGUCGAGACGGACGAGGAUCGAAGAGAACGGCUCCACGAAGAGAAACUCAUCGAGAUCGAGGAGCAACUCUCCAACUUGUGCAGCGACUGCAACAAUGUCGCCCAGGAGCUUCUGGGAGCACUGUCCGAUCUGAAGUCGAGGUCAAAGGGCACCGACACAGCAUGGACCACGUUCCGGCAAGCUCUACUCACCAUCUGGUCCGAGGAGGACAUAUGUUCCCAUGCCAAGAUUCUCCAGCAGUGCCAGGACAGACUAGGCCAGACCGUACUCGAGUCACUGCACGAGUUUGUGCAUUUCAACGCCAUCACCUAUGAAGACUUUGUCGACGACUGGGUGGCUCGCACGGAGAAGGACGAAAAACGUUUCGAGGAACGGAUCGACGAGCUUAGCAGGGACCAGACUGGCCAGCCGCAGGACCCGAAGAAGCUGGACGCCUUGAAGAAGCAGCGCGACGAGGUUUUAGAAAGGCAUCACUUCCAAAGGGAAAUUCUCAAGACCUUCGUACGGAGUGGGGCCAAGGAAGAUGCCACCUUCUUCUCGGCCUUGCUUGUGGAAACAGCAAGAAAGCAGAAAGACGAGACUGUGGAGAGACAGGUUUUGGAGAAGCUCAAAUUCCAUGACAUGAGGAGCCGUUAUCAAGAAAUCUCGGAAGCGCACAAGAAGACUUUCGAGUGGGUAUUCGUGGGGACUGAUCAUGUCCAAGACUCGAACGGUGCUGAUCAUGGUCGAUCGAAAUUCUCGGCACCACUCAGAGCCCCACCUCUUGAGGCACGCAGCUCGAAUCCAACUCCUGUGGACAAAUACCUGACCACUACAAAUGGCGGGACUCCGCAGAGAGGCUGGUGGAACACGCUCCUCCAGAGGAGGUUCUCGGACAAGAACGAGCGGCCCCCGGAUUGGGACAACUACCGAACAUGGCUCGAAAAAAAUAGCCCCCUUUACUGGAUCAAGGGGAAGCCUGGCGCGGGGAAAUCCACGCUCAUGAAGCUUCUUCAUGACGACGAGCGUCUCAAACGUUAUCUUCAGACAUGGCGUGGUGACUCCGAGCUGGCUAUCAUGGGAUUCUUCUUCUGGAAUUCUGGGGAGGUCAUGCAAAUGUCCAAGGAAGGGUUGCUGCGUGCGCUCUUAUACCAGGCUGUUGAGCAGCGCCCAUCUCUCAUACCUAAACUCUUCCCUGUCCGAUGGGCAUACAACACCCAGUUUGGCCCUGAUGACCGCCAGUGGAUCUUACCGGAGCUGGAGCGCGCUUUCAAAUCCCUGGUGUCGGACGAGUCGAGAAAGUACUUCAUCAUGAUUGAUGGCCUGGAUGAAUACAAGGGAGACCCCAAGAUGCUGGCUGAAUUCCUCCUGGAGUGCAGCACGAACGAGUCACACGUCAAGAUGUGUGUUUCCAGUCAGCCUUUGGGUGUGUUCGAGACGGCGUUCCAAGGAAAACCCUCUCUCUCACUGGAACGACUGACAGAGGCCGACAUUGAACUAUACGCCAAAGAGCAACUUUCAGAGAAUAGAUUAUUCCAUAAGCUGCAAAUCGAGGAGCCGGCCAGAAUUGACAAGCUCAUCCACGCCAUCGCGCAAAAGGCGAACGGGAGUUUUCUUUGGGUCCAAAUCGUCACGGGGUCCUUGUUCGAGGGUUUCCAGGAGAUCGAUGGCACACAGGAGUUGCAGGCUCGUCUCCAACAAUACCCCCCAGGACUAGAGGAGCUUUUUGAUAUGACUUGGUCCCGGAUAAAGGAGGAUGACUUUGAGCAAUCCUCCCGGAUAUUUCGAUUGAUCCAAACAGCCGAUGCUCCAUUGUCUCUGCUCACCAUCCACUAUGCCAAUGAGGGCCCCGACAAAGCUCUAGAUGAUAACUUCAGACCCUUGACACCCGAGAAGCUGGCUGAAAUUGCUGAAGAGACGCGACAGCAACUGCACAGCCUUUCCGGAAACAUGCUCGAUGCGCCAUCCUUUGAUGAGCAUGGUGCCUGGUCCACGGUUCAGUACAUACACAAGUCUGUGAAGGAAUUCCUCGAGAAGGAAGACACACGAGAUUCCAUUCGAAGCGGCUCAGUCGAAUCGGAUGAAGAAAUCAAACUGGCCCUUUGCACUGGAUAUCUCCGCAGCCUAAAGAAGACUGCCCCCUCCCCAGCCCCUCCUUUCGAGCGCUUUCAACAACUCGCCACGCAGUGUCUUAGGUUUUCGAGCAUCAUCGAAACGGAAAAACCGGGGAAGAACCUUGCCAUCCUCACCCAGCUCGACCGAGCUGCCACCAGCCUUCUGGGUGAAAGGAAUCCGGAACGGGAGCAGUGGCGCAGGCGCAUCCAGUCUUGCGUUCCGCUCGUCAGCAACCCGCACUGGACUAACGCCUGCCCCCAGCGCACCGGCUCGUCGACCUUUUUUGAUUUCGCCUUCCUGGCCGGCUUCUACUCGUACGUUGAGAAUGCACUGCGUGAGGGGGAACAGCACCAGUUGAGCAGCCUGCUCGCUACGGCUGUAAAGGACGAACGCAUUGAUACCAAGUUCGUCCGCUUGCUGCUCGAUUACGGCGCCGACCCAAACCUGCACAGCGGCGGCGCCACCUACAAAACGCCUUGGUACAUCCUGCUGUCCAGCAUGUCAACCGGAAUCGAUGUACAGUCAAAUCUCGGCCAUGACGAACGUGUCCGGCUCGGCGGGCUGGCGCAGCUCUUCCUGGGGCAUGACGCCGACCCGUUUGUCACAGUGAGAGGCAGUACUGCGGAUGAGGUUGUGGCAAAGGCGGUCGGCAGUGCCGAUCAAGAACUUGCGGGGAAGGUUGUGGCCUUGUUGGACCAGUCGCGGAAGAAGAAUGGACAUAUGAAGCGGAAGCUGAAUUAUUUCCACGUCAUUGUGGGUACUGCGGGGAAAUUCUGCAUACAUCAUGCGAAGAGUACUUCUAAGCGAGCUUACGGCUCAGACAUAGCCAAGCUUGAGGCUCCACAUCUUUCAAUACCGUACGGACAACAGCAGAAGAAGGUUGGCCCAAAGCAUACUUCUUCCUUCUCCUGGUUUCCAAGACUAUCGACGCUCGAGAACUGGUGGUUCUUCGAGCUUCUGGGAGUCCUCGGUGCAGCUGCCGCGCUCAUUGGGAUUAUCGUGGUUUUGUGCAAGUACGAUGACGAACCUCAGCCCAAGUGGGACGGCAUCUCACUUAACUCUCUGGUGUCGUGGCUCAGCACCGUCGCGAAGGUCUGCAUACUGAUGCCUGUCACCAAAGGCUUGAGCCAGUUGAAGUGGGUGUGGUUUGCCGAGAAAGAUCGUCCGUUGUCCGACAUUGCAGUCUUCGACGCGGCCAGCCGUGGCCUUGUUGGAAGCGGCGGGUUGUUAUGGCAUCUUAAAGGACGACACUUUGCUGUUUUCGGAAGCGCCGCUAUCAUCCUUAGCCUAGGCUUCGAUUCGUUUAUCCAAAACCUCAUCCACUAUUACGCAAAAGCUGUGCCCGACAGCCAUCAGGUGGCUCGUCUUGCCAACGCUUCCAUCUACGGGUCGCUCGGACCGGGCAUAGGUGGAAACUUCUACUACGUCGACCCAGUCCUGAAGUCUAACGUGUACAGCGCUCUGUUCAACACCGAUCCCAAAGCAGCGUGGGCAACCCCGCAGUAUUUUUGCGGCACUGGGAACUGUGACUGGGGGCCGGUGUCCACGUUCGCCUACUGUUCGACAUGCUCGGACGUCAGUGAAAGCUUGCAGUAUAGCUGUCCCGUUGGGUCAGACUCCCUUGGCAAGAACUGCACCGUGUCUCUGCCGAAUUCGGGCUACUCUCUGUGGUACAGGCAAAUGUCGCCGAGCUUCUCAAAUGGAGUCGUCAUGACGAUGGGGCCCAACACGGCAAAGAGCAACGCCACGUCCCUGACCAGCAUCGAUUCCAACACCACCUUCAUUGGCACCGAGUGCGCCAUCGUCCCCUGCGUGCGCAGCUUCAACGCAUCCGUCGUCAACGACACCUACCGCGAACAAGACUUGGGCACGUGGUACGGGUCCAACGACAGCAUCAGCACGUGGAUGGCCUCGCACGUCGACCCGCCGUGGGGCCUCGAGCAUGGCGUACGGCCGGGGCGGACAUGGCGCUGGGCCGCACCAUGGUGA